AUGAUUAUACCGGCUGCAAAACGUGGCGAACAAAAUCGGCCGAAAGAGUAUUAAGAAGCAAACUGGUGCUGUCCUCGUUAGGCUUGUUGUACAUUCACAGAAUGCGACUAAGAACAGCACAGAUGACAUGAGUGUGCUAGCUGUCUUGUUCUGCAUAGCGAUUGAGCCUGACAGUCGUAUACUUUUCUUUUCCAUAUUGCUAACUAUCUUGCGCAAAUACAUUGCGCCUGCGUGGUCUUGCUUCGAUAAGACGCUACUUUUUCCCAAAACAAACCUACUUAAACUCACUCACUAAGAUAACACUCACAAAAUGAAGCUUGUCUCAUCCCGAAGAUCACGACUAUCCCUCUUGCCGAUCAUUCUGGCGAGCACCACUACAGUGGUACUCGCUUUGGAGAGGUGUACGAGUGAGGAGAAUGGAGUGUACCCCUCAAAUUGUCUUUGCAGAGGAGUGGAGCUCUUCCGUCCCGACCUAGCCAUGCCAAACGGGUGCGCGUGCACUGAAGCUGCGGGAGGGAAAAAUGGUAUUAGUAGGUUGGUAUAAGGAGUAGUUUUUUUGAGGUGGUUUCAGAAGAUAGAGGUGUGGUAGGCACUAUGCUUUUACCUGUACUAUCUGGCUGUUGAGAUGGAUACCCGUCAAACGACAGGGUGUCUCGUCAUCAUGUGUGAAAGUGCAGGCAGUCUGUUACCUGCCAUAAUGUAUUGUAGUAACGAUUUCGUAACAUCAACUGGCGCCAAUACAGGCAGUCUGUUACCUGCCAUGUAUUGCACAGGAACAAUUUCGUAGCAUGAUCAACUGGCGCCAAAAAAUCUCCCCAACCCCACCGCAGAAAUGCAAUGCGCCAUUGCUCAUGCUCCUCAUUACCGAACCGCGGAAGACGAAAUCCGUACUUUCGUCUCCUCAUGUUCGAGUUGUAGCGCAGCACGACUGAGGUGCAUCGACGGCGAAAGCUAUAUUGUAGAGUGCGCUGAAGAGGGAGGCCUAGAAGAGCAAUUGCUGACAUCGACGCUGGGUAUUUUGAUCCUAUCGCUGAGUGGGGUCUGUGCGUUCGCGGCGGUUGUUAUGGCAAGGAAGUGAAAUGACCUUUAACUUAUUUAGAUAUAAUAUUGAUGAAGACGCCGAAGUAGAAACUCAUCAUUUUCAGAUUUAGAAGAAGGCGAAAACGAGGAAAGAACAAGGGCUGCAUAUUGCGGCAAAGUGAUAGAAACAUUGAUUUGAAGAUGGUAGAGCCAUUCGAAAUAUGGUAGAGCCAUUCGAAGUAAACCCAGAUAGUAUUCAUGCAAAAGUAGUAGGAAUAAGCAAAAGAUUUCCAUUUAGAAUCGACGUGGCCAUCUCUAACAUCCGAAGUUGUUUCCACUUCGUAUGCUGUCGAAGAGGUGAAAGCGGUCGGACUCUUGUUGGAUCCAUGCUUAGUAGGAGUAGAGACCGUAGAAAACUGAAUCUGCCAGACAAUGCGAUAGCGGAUCUAGGGUUGGGCGUUGUUGCCGGAACAGGAGGCUCUGCGGUGGAUCAUAGUAGUUAUGAAUCAUCGUGACAUGACACACAUCACGACUAGCCUGGAUUUUGACUGUAGUGCUUUGGAAAUGUAAAAGUGCUUGUUCUUAUUUUCUUGCUCCUCAGACCAGGCAGUUGCUGCGUCAAUGUGCAACUUUCUUCCAGAACAAGGUAGGCACUUUCAUUAUGGAUUCAUCUAAUCACCGCACUACCCAGUAAAUGUUCCACCGACUUCGCUUUAUGGUCCUGUGCAGACGAGUCAGACGCCUUACUACAUCAAAAAUUUUCCCGCUGGCGGAAGAUUAUCUUAAGCAAGGCUAUUCAGAAAAUGUCAUAACUUUUAGUUUCAUCAGGCACGCCUUCUAGUAUAGCAGGGCUUCAGACAUGAGAUACAUCCUCCGAAUCGAGCAGGAAGAUAGAGCAAAGUAUAAGAUCUGACGAAAGAGAAGACACAUGUGCACGAGUCAUAGCUGUUGAUGCGAGAAGUAGAAGCCUCAAAUCAAACGGUAACGGGAAAAGCGGUCCUUACAAUCGGAGCGCGUCAGCUGACGGUCGCAAAAAGGUUAAGGCGAGAUAGCUGCAUCCUUGAUUGGAGCUUGAUUGUCUCCAUCUAGUAGAGAUCCAUUCUAGUAGAUAAAGCAAGAACUUCACAUAUAAGAGUAGCGGCCAGAAGUCGCCAGGGAAAUCUUAGGCAGAUUGCCGAGUAGAUUCGCAUCGUCAUAAGCUUCUUCUCCAUCUCUACUCUUGGCAGAUAUUUCCUGCAUCAAGUAAAGGAGAGUAUACCUGAGACAAGUAGUAAGUCUCCCGCUAACAUCCAGGAAUCCUCACCACCGGAAUCGAAGAACUUCCUAGGGAGUAUAUUCGGGUCUCUUCGGUCAAGUUCCUCAUCUCCGGCAAAGGGAAAGCGCAAAUCGGGUCGAAAGUCAUUGGAUAACUUAAGGCAGGGCGUGAGGCUGAUGUUUAGAGCGGUCGUUAGAUUAUAACUUAAGGCAGGAUCGACGUCUGAUGUUUGGUGUGGUCGUUCGAUAACUUACGGCUGGGUGUUUGGCGUUUUGAGUCAUUGGAAGUGGAAGCUAACUAAGGGUCGGGCAAGUCAUUAGAGAACCAUACAAGGUAUUAGAGAAACAUGCACGUCGUGCCACCGCGUGCUACCGUAUCCUAUCCGGUAGAAUGUAGCAGAGUUCUUCUAAGAAAGACGCCAAAUCUGGAUCCAGAUGCCUACGGUGGAUACAACUGGGGAAGGCGAAACAGUAGGAGAAGCAGUCGUGCUAGCUCAGAAGCAAGCAUACGUACAGACUUGAGUGAGUGUUGUUGUGAACGUUGAUGAUUAUAUAUUACUUGCGCCCCAUUUCUUUCUUCUAGUUUGGCUGCAUCUGGAUACAUGAAGAUGCGUCCCUACUACACCCUCUUCGAAGUCGAAAUAAUGUCUAGCGACCCUGUUUCCAUCCUCUUCACUACCCCAGCCGCUUCUCCGCCGCCACCGUCUGCUCCUCGCUUGGGAGCUAGCUUUAGUAGGAAUCCUGGCAGUCCGAAUUUUAUACCGCCACCGCCACUAGGGAUGCCACCAGCGCACAUGCAAGUGUAGUGGAGUAGUUUGAAUCAACAAGAUGAAGAUAGAAUGCGCACAUUAUGAGCUAUUUGUUUCUUUUCGAGUACUUCCUUACACGCUGAUAGAUCAACUUUGCGAGCUCAAUUUGAAGAAUACAAAUCCUUAGACAUAAAGAAGAAGUGGUUGCUUUUUUCGACCUCUUUUUUUCGCAGAGCUUGAGUGAUGAUUUUGUUGCAGACGAUGUCAUUGAACAAAGGAGUAAGUGGCACAGGGAGACGCGCUAAUACCUAUUUUCGGACACAGUCAGCCUGCCUUGCCCUUGUGUUGGGAAAGUAUGCACUAAUCCACUACUGAUACUGUAGAACUGUCGCCUACAAAUUCGGUCUGUUAGACAGCUGCCCUUGCACUGUUUAGAUAACUACGCAAGUGAUUUCUUCUUUUCUAGCACCUAAGAUAUGUGGAAACCACUUUGCGUCCUCCCUAUGCUUGUGGCGACCCUCUCCUAGAUUGUAUUCUUUUUGGCGCAUUUGGAGGCACUUUGAUGACGGUUUUGAUCUGCUUGCGGAUGUCGAGACACAGCCUUGACGUAAGACGACAUGGAAUGCAAAGCAUUGCUCCUUCUCGUAGGAUGCGACUACUUCGUGCUCUUGAAAC